AAUGCCGAGGUCGGCUAAUGGGGAGCCCUUCUCCUCCUCGGUGGUGGCAAGUCGGGCCGGGUCAAGUUGCUCCGGCAAGCCGGGGAUGUAGGCGGUCUUGGUGAAAUGUUGGUACCAUUUAUCCGCGUUGCGCGCAAACGUCUGCGGGUAGACGACAUACUUUUCCCGCUGAAUGCGAGUGAGAAGCCGGAGUUUCUCUAGCACCGGAGACGCCUUUAUCCGUUCGACUUGUUCUUCUACCUGACGGGCCCGCGCCGAUUUGCUUUUAGCCGUAAGAGAAGGCUUAAUGGGGGGAUAGACAGCUUCUUUGGUCACCGCUACCGCCGCUUCUGUGUGGACAAGCUUUUGGUUUGUAAGCAGGUAUUGUGGGAAGCGAAAGGGCAGCCUUGUGCAGGCCGCCAUGUUGUUACUUCUUCUUCGGUUCCUUCACGGUGAGAUAGCGCCCCCAAAGGUUUAAUACAUACGACUUAACCUUUUUUACGGUCGAUAGAAAAUAGCAUUUUUUCCUCAAAUUACCUUGAAUAAUGUUAUCAUUGGUCAUGAAUGCUAUACAUUUACAUGAGCAAUAUGAUAGCAUUCUCACGUCAACAAACUGAUCAAAUGUCAAUUAGAUCAAUUAGAGCACAGCACAAAUUUUAGCUCCACAAAACUUUAAUUUAAAUGUGAUAACAUUUCCCUUGUUAAAAAAGCAUAUUAACAUUGAUUUUACAUCCCUUUUGUAUCAUUGACGAACUCCGGUAUGGUCUUGAACAGCUCUUGCAGGGCAAUGCUGCGUUGAAGUCAUCUUAAAGAUCGUAAAUUUACAUUUCUGUACACAAUGAAAAUUUGACUCGGGGUGAUUGUUUUUGAAAAAUUUGGAAAUAUAUACAUAGAAAAUGUCAUUGAGUUUGAUAGCAAACAUAAAUAACCCCAAAGCGCAAGUUACCAUUUCUGUUGACGUUUCGCGUUUGGGUAUCGUCAUGUUAACGAGGAAGCCUGAAGGCAACACCUAUAUAGCACUCACUAGCUACAUUUUCCCCAAGUUGAUGUUUUUACUUUGGAGUAACGAAGACAAUUGCCUCUUUAGCCAUGUUUUAUCGUCAUAUUCUCCGAACAUGUUUGCUCCCAGGACGAACAGUGGCUCAACUUGGCCGUUUGCAUGUUGUCUGUCGAGUACAGCGAGAGCUUUCUACCGGAAGUGACGAAGUACGACUGGCAGAGGAUGCCAGUAAGAAACAUGGUCGACCAGCUGCCACUAUUUUCUCCAAAGUGAUUGACAAAAGUCUCCCUGCAGAUAUCAUUUACGAGGACGAGAAGUGUUUGGCUUUCAGGGACAUUAGCCCUCAAGCUCCUGUUCAUUUCCUGGUUAUUCCCAAAAAGCACAUUCCCAGAAUAAGUGAAGCCAAAGAUGAGGAUGCUGAGGUCCUGGGACAUUUACUGGUGGUGGCCAAGAACGUAGCUAAGCAGGAAGCGCUUACAGAAGGCUAUCGAGUGGUCAUUAACGAUGGCAAACAUGGCGCUCAGUCCGUCUACCACCUUCACCUCCACGUGUUGGGAGGCAGACAGAUGACAUGGCUGCCAGGAUGAAUCGAUUCAUUCAUACAUGUAUACUGUACAAAUGUUAGUACUACAUAUUGACAAUGAGCGAUGUAAGUAUGUUUCUUGUUCUCAUGUUAGAUAAAUAAACAUUAAAGAGUGGA